AUGGGCGGCGCUAGCAGAGAAGGUGGCAAGGUCAAGCCUUUGAAGGCUGCCAAGAAGGAGAAGAAGGACCUGGACGAGGAUGAGCUCGCCUAUAAGGAGAAGCAGAAAGCCGAUGCCAAGGCCAAGAAGGACAUGAUGGAGGCCGCCAAGGGCAAGAAGGGCCCCCUCAACACCGGCCAGCAGGGUAUCAAGAAGUCUGGCAAGAAAUAA